UGAGCUAAAAGCAAACUAAAAAUCCGUAGAAGAAGAACUGCUAGCAUUCAGUUAUUUCUAGUGAGCUACAUUUUUGAUGCUUCAUAUCAGGACUUUGCGUGUGCUUUUAUGUAAAUGUUGAGCUUUUUUUUCCCCUUAAGUUAACUAGUUAGAACUAUUAUACAAACCUGGAUUGAACCACAGGAUAUUUGAUCAAUGAUGGAUCAGAAACUUUCUUAUGAUGACUACCAGCUCCCAGUCGUGUUCCUGCCCGCUUAUGAGAACCCACCAGCAUGGAUCCCCCCUCAUGAGCGAGUUCAUCACCCCGACUACAACAACGAGCUGACCCAGUUUCUGCCUCGAACCAUCGUGCUGAAGAAGCCUCCAGGAGCACAGCUGGGAUUCAACAUCCGAGGGGGCAAAGCAUCACAGUUAGGCAUCUUUAUAUCCAAGGUGGUUCCGGAUUCAGACGCCCACAGAGCCGGUCUGCAGGAGGGAGACCAGGUUCUGUCUGUCAAUGAUGUAGACUUCCAAGACAUAGAGCACUCCAAAGCUGUGGAGAUACUGAAGACCGCUCGAGAAAUCCUGAUGAGGGUCCGCUUCUUUCCUUACAAUUACCAACGACAGAAGGAGAGAACUGUCCAUUAGAUGGCAGCAGAGGAAGACUAACCUUCAUCCUCCCACAGACUCCGGCCUUCUCUCUGUCUGGACUUCAACAGGACAGAUGCACCACCAGAUGACUCAUCCUAAACCCUCCACUGGUUUCUAUUUGAAAACCAGACUAACUGCAAGUUAGGUUUGUAGAUUCUGUUUUGGAGAAGUCAGGGACCUCAAAGGCUAAAGUAAAACGAAACACUGUAUAACACUUAAACUUAACACAUCCUAAUUUAAUCUUAUGAACUUGAGUAAAAAGUUCAGACUGUGCACCUUUAGUACAGAUAAAACAAAUAUUUUAGGGAAAUUAAUAAUGCUGUAAGAGAAAACAUUGCAAGAAUUCUGGAAAAUUUGAUGCGAUGCUGAGAUUUUUGACAGUUUUAUAUGAAUAUUUAAGUUGUGUAAAUGUAAAUUACUUUCACGAUGUGACUUGUUUUUUGCAUGACUGUUUCUUGAAUCUUUUUUAAACUGUUUUUAAGUGUGACAUGCAACAUUCUGGUGAAAUUCAGCUUUAUUUAGGAUCAGUUAACGUUUGUUUGAGUCCUCUUGGGCUUCUACAAAAUGGAAGCCCGUGAAAUCUGCAGACUUGUGCGCCUUGGGAUGCUAAUCUUUAUACAACUGAACAUUCAAGUUUCUGCAUUAUUUGUUAACUUGUUACUUUUGUAUAUGAUGCAUUUACAUACUUUUAGCUAUUAUGUCUUUAAAUUACUAUUAAAAUGGAAUAACAUUUUAAUUUAAAAAAAUCUUAUUUGUCUAAUAAAACAUUUACAUCACUUAAA